AUGUUUACUACACAAAGGAUCAACACCGUCUUCACUGUGUUGAUACUUCUACUUAAAGUAUAUGGAUCAGUAGAACAGGAGUAUUCUACUACAUUGGAUUUAUUUAAUGAAAAACUUAGUGGCUCGAAUUAUAAUUCUAAAGUGAGACCAUUACUAAACCAGUCUCGUAUUCUAGAGGUUAAUGUGUCAUUUGAGCUCCUGUCUAUAGUGGAGCUUAAUGAUGUCCAGCAGAGCUUUACCUGCAACGGUUUUCUGGCUUUUUACUGGACAGAUGAGCUCUUGGUCUGGAACUCCACCCAGUACGGUGGUCAAAGAUUUAUACAUCCGGUCCCAGAGGACAUCUGGAGACCUCGUGUUGUCGUGAUGAACACACUACAGGACAGAGAUCCCUUCAAGGAUGAUAUCAGUCCAGUGUUUGUCAAAUACAAUGGCUUCGUUUCCUGGAUACCAGGGUCGUUGUUUACCAUCUCUUGUGAGCUUGAUCUGACGGACUUCCCGUUUGACCACCAGACCUGCAAAAUACAGCUGACGUUUGUGAUGAAGAGAAGACCAGACUUUCUACUCCUAAACAUCAUACUCCCUGUGGUGUUGCUGUCAUUUCUCAAUCUUAUGGUGUUUGUUAUACCCGUAGACUCAGGGGAGAAAAUCGGAUACGGUAUCACAGUCUUACUGGCACUGACCGUCUACAUGAGUAUCGUCAGCAACAUGUUGCCCAGCUCCUCUUUAUCUACUCCCAGACUCACCCUCUACCUCUUCAUCCUCCUUAUCUUCUCUAUGCUCACUGUCAUUGACAGUAUCGUUAUUGUCUUUAUCGACAACCUAGAGGAGAAGGAAGUAGCGCAUCUGAAAGCAAAAGCGAAUUUCAGAUCUGCUUUGCAUUAUUUCACCAACUUCAAAACGGCCUCCAACUCCACGAAAAGACUGGCAGUCAACGUACCGUAUCCUCGAGGGCAACAACCGAUAAUGGACGCACAGUCUCACGUUGAAGAUAUCAACUUGCAGCAAGUAGACCCAGAAGAUAGACAAACCAAGAACCAUAACUCGCCAAAGACUAUGGAGAAUAAAUACAGGCUAAUUGGAAAACAUAUCGACCUGAUUUCUUUUCUCGUGUUUUUCGUCAUUUGGUUAGGUGUGACAUUCGGAUUCCUGUUCAGCAUUGCUUUUUAG